UAAAGAUCUUGAUGUCUGCUUUGGUAGGGCAUCAAAGUCCAUUAAAAAAUAUUGAAAUCUGAAAGAUCCAGGUUGAAAAACAACUUCCCAACAUCCCCCCCCACCUUCACAGACAUACGUCUCCCCUGACUUCUCGAUUUGGUUUUUUUCCCUUUGUAAGAGAAAAAGAAAAGAGAAGCGAGCGUUAGAUACACUCACUGUCCUUUUUUUUGGGUUUUACGGUAGGUCAUGAUUUAUUAAUCAAACUUCCAUUUUAUUUAUUUGAUUGGUCUUUUUACCUUAAAAGCAAAUUUCUUUGACUACUUUCCAUUUUCUCUUCAAUCAAUUAUACUAAAUUUCAGUAAAAUUUACUAACUCUCAUUGUCCUAGAUCCUUGUUUGGCAAAUUUUUCCUUCCUAUUCCUAUUAACAUUUGUUGGGUUUUUCUCAAAUCCUCCAAAAACACUCACUUUCUCAGUGAUUUAAGGAUUCCAAUUUCCCCCUUUUUCUAGGUUGUUUGUUUAGACAUUUCUGGGUAACUUCCAUUUUUCACAAAAAGUUGAUUUGGGUAUUUCAAAUUUGAACUGUAGAACACAUUUUGAGAUCUGGGUUUCACACCAGUUUGAUACUUACGUAGAUCCAAUCAUCUCUUUUUUUUCUGGAAAAAUCUGUUCUUUUUUCGUUUUUUUUUUUUUUUUUUUUUUUGGGGGAGGGGGUCAACUUCAUAAUAUUAUUGCAUGUCCAGCAAAUCGAAGUCAUAUUUUUGUUUUAGAAAGAUGUUUGCAACUAAUGGAUGGUUUUACCCAAUUGUUGGUAUGGCAACAUUAGUUGCAUUCAUUUACAUGUCAUUUGGUGGUGACAUUAGAAUCAAAGUCACAAAAGAGCCAAAUUACAGUUUUGUGGAAAGGGUUGGAAAUCAAUUUAUGUUGGAUGGAAAACCAUUUUAUAUAAAUGGUUGGAAUUCUUAUUGGUUGAUGGACCAUAGUGUGGAUGGGUUUAGUAGACCAAGAGUGAAAGCGAUGCUUCAAGCUGGAUCUAAAAUGGGUCUUACUGUGUGUAGAACUUGGGCUUUUAAUGAUGGUACUUAUCAUGCUCUUCAGAUUUCACCUGGUGUAUAUGAUGAGCAAGUUUAUCAGUCUUUGGAUUAUGUGAUUGCAGAGGCAAGAAAAAAUGGGGUGAGGCUGAUCUUGAGUUUAGUUAACAAUUUGCAAGCGUAUGGUGGAAAAACUCAAUAUGUGAAAUGGGCAUGGCAAGAAGGCAUUGGAAUAAGCUCUUCCAAUGAUUCGUUUUUCUAUGAUCCGUCUAUCCAGACCUAUUUCAAGAGUUAUAUCAAGACAAUGCUUACAAGGAAGAAUACCAUCACUGGAAUUGAGUACCGAGAUGAUCCUGUAAUCUUUGCUUGGGAGUUGAUCAAUGAACCACGUUGCAUGUCUGACCCGUCAGGGGACACUCUUCAAGAUUGGAUCAAGGAAAUGUCAGAAUUUAUAAAAGUGAUUGAUGAGAAACAUUUGGUUACAGUGGGCCUCGAGGGAUUUUAUGGUUCAAAAAAUUCAAAGUCAGCUCUAAACCCAUCAGAAUGGGAAGGUACUAUUGGAACUGAUUUUGUUCGAAACAAUGAUAUACCAACUGUUGAUUUCGCUUCUAUUCAUAUGUACCCUGACCAGUGGCUUACUGUGGAUAAUCUUGAAGACAAAUUGGAAUUUGUCCGAAAAUGGGUGUCAUCUCACAUUGAAGAUGGUGAAAAACAACUUAAGAAGCCUGUAAUGUUGACUGAAUUUGGCCUUUCGAGCCAGAAUAAGGACUUUGAUCCUGCACAGAGAGAUAGGCUCUUCAAAGUCGUGUAUGAUAUCAUAUACAAGUCUGCAAAAAAGAACGGGUCUGGUGCUGGUUCAUUACUCUGGCAGUUAUUUGUAGAAGGAAUGGAUGAUUUUCAUGAUGAUUUCGGGAUAAUCCCAUGGAGAAGGCAAUCCACAUAUGACGUGAUAACAGGGCAGUCAUGCAGGUUGGCUUUAUUGCAUCAACGUUCGAACUUGGAAGGAAAUUUGAAAAAUUUGUGUCAACGAAGUCGGUGAUAUCAAUUCUUUAUGUGAGAGGAAUGCGUAAUCUUCUUACUGCUAGCUUAACGAUUUUUAGUUGCUGGAAGUGUGUUCUUUUUUGGUACUGCAUUGAGCUACGCAGAUGAAAAUCAUUAUGUUGGUUAGCGAAUUGUGCCUUGCCACCAUAUCUCACAUUCAUGCAUAACAAGGAUCGAAGAAUGCAGAUGGAUUUACAGUACGUACCCAACUUAAAAAGGGCUCGUUCUCUCAGAUGAUGUCACCCAUGGCAGUGAACAAGAAUAAUCUAUGAGCCAAAGUUUGAUGGUUAGUUUAUAAGAAGCUUAGGACUAUGAUGUCGCCAUGUAUAUUGUCAAUAAACACAAUUUUGUGUUGCCUGAUAACCUUUGAAAUGAUCUUUUGUCGAUGUUUUGUUAGCAUACCAAUUCUUUUUGUUCUUUUUGACGAUGUUACCCUAUAUACGGCUCUUACUGUUUGCAA